GACAUUACUGACAGCAUACUGACAGUUUGGGUUAUUUUUUUGACGUGAUAGACAAUUGACAAUUGCUCUGUGGUACAUGUAUCAGCACGAAAAUAAUACACAACAUAAAAACAAAAAUGAUGAAAUAAUUGAGACGUAUAAAAUAGUUUGAAAAUAUUAUAAACUUAAAAAUAGUUCUUCCAAGUUGAUCAAAUAAUUAAUAUUAAAAGAGAUACAAAAUAUGAGUGGAUUAAACGGAAAAUUGAAGUCGACAGCUGAAACGCAACUACAAAUUGCUACUGGUGCACUGUUGGAAUCCCUUCAUGAUAAAAGCACUACCGUAUGUGAAACUGCAUCAGUUUCAUUGUUAAAAUUAUCAGAAAAAUAUCCAAACCAAGUAUUAUUAUCGUGUGUUGCAUUUUUCACUAAUAAUACAAAAUGUGAUACUGACCAUAUAGUUCAGAUGCUUAAUAUUAUGAAUAAAAUAUGUAUAGACCAGAUUUCUGGAAUUGAUGGUGAUACUGUUAUUAAACUUAUAGAAUUUGGUUUAAUGACCAUGACCAAAAGUAACAAUUAUGAGCCUUUGGUACAGUUAGCAGCUUCAAAAAUUUUAGUUGCGUUGGGCAGGGUGCAUUAUAUUCAAGUUACAGAUGCUUUGUUGCAAAAAUUACAAAUUGGUAUGGUUCCCCAUUAUACUGUCCCACAUACGCUAGGUUCCUUAGCAAGUGUUAAUGCUUAUGGUGUUAUUCGUUACUUAAAAGAUAUUUUAAACAUUAUUUUACCAUUAUUGGGAGGUUUAAAGAAUGAUCAUCUGAAGGAGUCAUUUGCCUAUGCACUACAAAAUUUUUGUGAAGCAUUACUGGAAUAUGGGUCAAACUUGGAACAAGUUCCAGAUCCAACAAUCAGUACAGAAACAUAUACAACUGAGCUGGGCAUGGCAUAUGAUGUGCUAUUUACAUCAUGGUUGCAAUCAAGAGAACCAACUGUUGUUGAGUCAGUUUUAGAAGCUUUAUCAGCUAUCUUUCGAGCUUUACCAAUAGACAAAGUUACUCAACAAACUCCUCGUUUAAUUCCAUUUCUGUUAAACCACAUAAAGAAAAAUUCAAAUGCAUAUGUUGUAACAAAAUGUUUAUAUUCCGCAAUAGAAAAAACAGCUGGCGUCAAUGGAAUGCUUUUGGAACCACUGUUGUCAAAUAUUUUAAGUCAUUUAUCUGACUUAGUAUGUGUAUCUCCAGAUUAUGCACAACCUGAUUUACUUAGAAGUCACUCGGAGGUCCUUAGAUGUUAUGAAUGUUUGGCUCUGCAUUUUACCGAUAUAACUAUAGAUAAGCUUUUAGGACAUUUAAAGAAUAACAAUGAAAAGGAGAAACUUAAAGGGCUGAUUGUCAUUGCUCAUUUAAUAAGUUAUAGUUCAGAACAAGCGAUACAAAGAAGAUAUAGAGAUAUAUUAAAAUAUAUUAACGAGCUGUUAUCAGAUUCUCAUAUUAAAAUUAAAACAAUUUUAGUAAAAAUUAUAACUGGUCUCGCUCAUAAAGGAAUCUUAACUGAGAUAGAUUUAAAUCCAGAUGGGCCUGAAAGAUAUUUGGAAUUUAUGUUAAAAAUGUGCUGUAAGCAACAUGCGAAAGUAUUUCAAGUAGAAGGUAAUGAAUUAGAAGAUAUUCAAAGGUCCGCCGAUAAUGCACUCUAUAUGUUAACCACAUCAAUGCCUGAAUUAGAAGAUGUUUUAUGGGACUUAUUCUUAAACUGUUUUUUGACUUCGUUAUACGAUAACGCCAUUGUUAUUUUAUUAAGAUGUCUGACUCAUAUCGCCUCAAGAAAAGAAAGUAAACCAAAUUGUGAGGCGGCUUUUGUGCGGUGCAUAGUGUUACUAUCAAAUCCAACGCCGUCUUUGAGAGGAACAUACAUUGUAAACUUCUUAAAAAACAUUACUCUGUAUGACACCCAGUCCUGCAGAAAUGUGUGGGAUGCAAAAAUACCACAGCUUUUAAAAUAUUUGGAACAAACGUAUGAUACUUUGAAUCUUGUGGAAUGGCAAGAUUUAUUGUUUAGUUUCAUAAAUCUUUUACUGGAAAGUAUCAAUAAUGAAGCUUUUAAUAAUAUACUUUUAGUAAAGGCAAAAAGUUUAUUAGAGCUUUAUGGUAGUGCUCGGAUAAUACCGAGUAUCGAUAAAGAUGAAUUACAAGUAAAACUUGCAGAGAAGAGAUUUUUAAUCAAGUUUUUUGCAGUAAUUCUAUGCCACGUAAGCUCAAAGGAAUUAGUAUCACCGAAUAUCGAAAAUUCCCUUCUGAAUGUUACUUUAACCGACUACUCAGAUCUCCAGGCUUGUGCCGAAGCCAUGGGUAUAUGUUCGCAAAAACAUCUAGCCUUAGUUCUAGAGAAAUUAUCCCAUGUUCGCAAAGAAAUGCUUAAUAAGAAAUCAUCGAAACUAUUUUCUUUUAUGAAGGACCAGCGACAUGACUUGGGCGUCGAACGUUUGAGAUACUUAAUUAUUUACAGUUAUUCUGAAAUAUGUAAUGAAGCUCUAAGUGAGCCACUUCUGCGAGUGGUUGAAAGUGAAAUUUUGGACUUUGUAUUGCAAGAGUUAUCCGUCUCUAAAGAUUUUGCUAUAAAAAGAACAUGUUUAAAAGCAAUACAUAGCGUAGCAGACGCUAUGCAUCCCAAUCGGAAUUCUUUACAUAUUAGAAUGAAUUCUCGAGAUAAAGUUAUUGAAGCAGUUUCAAGUCAAAUGCAUCUACACAAUGGACCAGAGUAUAUCAAACUUUUUCCACUUAUCACAUCGGCAGUUACGGCUCUUAUUAAGCUACCAGUUUCAUUAGAAUCGGAAGAAAGAAUUAAGUUGAUCAAACUUUUCUUUGAUAAUAUUUAUAAUGCAUCAGCUAUUUAUUGCAAAAUUAAUUCUAGUAGUAUGGAUAGCUAUUACGGAGAUUUGAAACUUGUUCCGUGUGUAACAAAAAGCUUUUCCGAGUUAAAUCAGUUUGUACAAGAGUUAAUUUUACAAAACCUAUCUCCCGCGACAUUAGACGAGCUCGUAACACUUCUAGAAUCAUGGUUAGGAAAAAGAAAGGCAGAACAACGAUUGCCCGCUAUAGAAACACUUCGGGUGGUUUUGCAAACAUAUUUGGAUAAUAUUAAGUUUGCGUAUGAUUGUCCACAUACUUUUCAUCAAACUGGUAUGUUAUUGGCCAAAAUUGUUCCAAGGUGUACAGAUCCGAAUAACAAUAUUAAGAGGGUAGCUGUGGACUGUAUAUAUUUAACGUUAUGUAUAUCAUCUCGAUAUGAAGGGCAUAUGAGAGAUCACGAUAAGGUUCUUUCCAACAGUUUACAACAUGUACAGAAAAGUAUUGAAACCAAUGAUCCACAACAGCUGUUUAAUUUAACGUCCGAUUUAGCUAAUGUGAUUUGUCAAAAUCUUCCGCAGUUUCAACUAAUACAUUUUGUUGAGGGAUUGAUUGAUUCAUUAUUAGACUGCGAGUCCUCAAGUUCAAAUGGCAGCAGCGUUGUUCUAAACAUUACACUGAAAAACAAAGGCGGUGAUUUACAAAAUCAUGUUAGUCAUGUAACCGAGAGAUUAAUUGCGCAGCUAGAUAGUAUACCAUUUACCCGAACUAAGACAUCUGCGUUACGAGCAGUAGUAAAUUUAGCGGCACACCAUCCUCGAGUUGUGGGUGGUAUUUUACUGAUGCAACCUUUACCGUUUAGCAGUUGUAUAAUAGAAUGCUGGUCAAUAUUGUCAACUGAUCGUACCCUUGUCCAAAUUUUACUUGAUCAAAUAAAGAAACAUCUAAAAACUACUCCCCUUUAUGAAGAGCAAGGAAAUGGGGAUAUAAAAAUUGCCAGUUUGACACCGUUGCAGGCGCUUUGUGCCCUCCACGAACUCUUGAGGAAUACCCAUUUGAAAGAUAUAUUUUUAGAACAGUUUGCCGAGUUGUUUUCACUAUUAUUGAUUAGUUUAGCAUCUUAUAUAGGUUGCACAGCGCCAGCAUUGAGGUCGCUGAGCGACAAAAAGCAGCAGUAUGGAUUAAUUUUAAAUAGAGAUGCAUAUAAGUUGAGUCCGGCUAGAAUAGCAGUAGAAACGUUUAGGCUUUUCUUCUUAUGCUGUGAAAUGAACAAUAUUGCUACAAAUUUACUAGCCUAUACUGACAUCGACACUAGUGAUAAUAAAUUAAUGAUACUGGAUAUCAUAGAAACAUUAGUCAACAAUGUUAGUAGUGAAAAUCCACAAUCCAUAUCUUGGAUAGUUGCUUGUUUAGGCCCAUUUAUACGAUCAGAGUUAGAGCCACAAAAGGUGGCGGUUGUUGCAUUCUUCACUUAUUUAUUGAAACAUGGCGCCCAGAGUGACCAGACAGUAUUAAUUGAAAAUCUUUUGGAAAUGAUUUUGGAUGUACAAUUGGAUCAGAGCUGUUUAGUUAGAAAAAUUGGACUAGAAGGUAUAGGUUAUGCAGCUGAAAACUUGAAAAAAGAACUAGUUUCCAGAUAUUGCAACCAGAUUUUAGGUGUCCUAAUGAAUAGUUUAGAUUAUCAUAGUGUUGGAACUGAAAGUAAUGUUAUACUCCAAGCCUUAUUAACAUUAUCCAAAUUACUUAAAGCCUUAGAGGGAUAUAAAUUUAAUGCAUUUCAAGUAACUGCAGCAGUUAGGAUAAAACCUUUAUUUACCCAAGAAGCUAGAGAAUUAAGACAAGCUUCUAUUCGUUUAUUAGGAGAUCUAACGUCCUCCUUGAGUCCAGAGUCAAACCUUGAGGCAUUCAAAGAACAAAUUCAAAGCAAUAUUAUAACACUUUUACUUCAUUUAUCCGAUCCAGAUGGCGAAGUUAUCAAGGCUUGUAAGUACACAUUAAGAAGAGUUGGACCAUAUUUGGAAAGUUCAGAAACGAAUCAAAUGAUACAAGAACAUCUUAUCGAUGAAGCUAAUCUUCACUAUUCCGAUUUCAUUAAAGACCUUAUAAAAAGUAUGGCGAAAGAAAUGCAGGAUCUUUUUACCCUAUUUGUAAUGACUAGUGUGUCAUAUACAAAGAGCCCUUGGAGUGAAAUAAGGAGUAAUGCAGCUUUAAUGACUGGUUUGUUGUAUUUUGACCUAAUACCAGAAAACAAGCAAAAAAUAUCCUUAGAUGCAGUAUGUGAUAAAUUGAUAAGAUUAUUACGUGAUGACUCAGAUGAUGUUAGAUUUAAGACUAGUCAAGCAAUUGCCUAUUUAUUUAUAUAACGUAGAUCAAGACGAAAAUGAUAUAAAUUUGGUUAUAUACAGGGUGGUCCGAAUUAUAAUCCCAAUUGUAUUCGGCAACAUAUUCUGCGGAUAAAAAAUAUGCUGCCGAAGUUUUCCGAGUACAAUUCGGACAAACCUGGUGAUGUUAUGUAUAAGAUUUCAAGUCUUAAAAUAAUUUUUAUAGAGGAAGUACGUAAACUGUUUUAUAAUAUUGUUAACAUGACUUUUUAUUUAGAUAAUAUAUAUUUAAUGUGUG